CGGGAGAUAACCGCGGCGCAGUCGGCGUCUGUCUGCGGGAGCGCGUGGCCGUCCGGGACACUGGCGGAGCAGGACUGUCGUCGGGGCUGCUCGGCUGUGCGGGGAAGUCGCGGCCGCCGACCUCGUCUGCUGACGUCACUCCUCGCUGAUCGGGGCCUCUCCUGGUGACGUGAUGGUUCCUCUUGCUUCCGCCCCGGCCGGGAAACUGCGGCGCCGCUGAGCCACUUCCGCUCCUGCUCGCGUGGGCUGGUCUUCCUCUCGCCGACGGUCGCGGGGUGGUCCCCGGGUGCUGCCCUGCUGCCCUGCUGCCCUGCUGCCCUGCUGCCCUGCUGCCCUGCUGCCCUGCUGCCCUGCUGCCCUGCUGCCCUGCUGCUCCGAGACCUCGAGGACUCGCCAGCGCCGAGGCAGCUCCUGAAGAACUCCCGCGCGACAUGUGGGGUCGUCGGCCGGGCCAGGCGCGCGCCGCGCCGCUGUGCGGGGUGCGGGUCGGCACUUGCGGCCAGAGACCGAGCAGACACUUAGUGACGUUCGUCGAGAGUUUUUGAGAACUACCUGCAAGUACCACUUGUGCCUUUCUUUUGGGAUCAGCGUGUGUUUGUUAUUCAUCAACGUUCGUGAAGACCAGGAAAUUUCCGCGUGACUCAUGAGCUGGACCUGCUCUGGUCUUUUUUUUUUUGCACUUGGUGGACCAAGAUAAAUCUUUGAACCGCAACUAAUCAAGCCCAGAGCGGACGUGAUGACGUCAAGCGUACCUGAAAGUUUCGUUCGUGCCUUCUCGUGAUUUUUUCCAGGGGUGUAAAACCUUCUAACUGUUCCCCCAGUGGGGACGCGAGGCCUUCAGUGCCUUGAAUCGGGUGACUCCCCGGGUGGGACUGCUCCGGUAACCACACCCACUUCGUCUCGGAGGGGAGGGGGAGCAGCGCUCUCUCCUAUUGGCCGGCGACAUGAUGUCCAAGAAGCAGUGGUGCUGCCUGCUGCUGCUGUUCGUCGCCUACCUGCUGCUGGGCGCCGCCAUGUUCUACAACAUCGAGCGGGCGCUGGAGCUGGAGCGCAGGAUGGAGGAGCGCGCCCAGAGGAACCAGAUCUACGCGCUGCUGAGCAGCAACUACAUGGCGGACCUGCAGCACUCGCACGGCGACCUCAUGGACAGGCUGGCCCAGUACUGCGGCAAGCCGCUCUACAACAUCACCGCCGAGCAGGAGGGCCCGCUCAAGUGGGACUUCUUCAACUCCGUGUUCUUCGUCAUCACCGUCGUCAGCACCAUCGGCUACGGCAACCUGGUGGCCACCUCCUCGCUCAGCAGGAUCCUCAUGAUCCUGUACGCGCUCGUCGGCAUCCCCAUGAACGGCAUCCUGCUGGCCACCCUCGGCGAGUUCUUCAGCAUACACCUGCUGCGCGUGCACAGGCGCUACAAGACGCAGAAGAGCGAGACGCGCGCCGGGCUGGUGACGGACAUCGUGCUGUACCUCGUGCCCGGCUUCGUGCUGUUCAUCUUCCUGCCCGCCGGCGCCUUCGUCUACUUCGAGGGCUGGGACUACGUGGAGGCCGUGUACUACGCCUUCGUCACCCUCACCACCAUCGGCUUCGGCGACCUCGUCGCAGGGCAGCAGAACGACGGGCCAGAGCGCUGGUACACGGUCGCCUACAAGGCCUGCCUGAUCGUGUGGGUGGUGUUCGGCCUGGGCUACAUCGUGAUGAUCCUGGGCUUCCUGACGCGCGCCAUGCGCUCCAAGCGCCUCGCGCGCCUCGAGCACAAGCUGGCCGCCAACCUGCGGCACACGCACAGCCGCCUCUGGGGCGGCGUGACGCGCGACGUGGCCUACGUGCGGCGCGUGCUCAACGAGCUCUACCUGCUCAAGAUGAAGGUGCGCCUGCUGCUGCCUGCUUCCUGCUUCCUGCUUCCUUCCUGCUUCUUCCUGCUUCUUGCUUCCUGUCCUUCCUGCUUCUUCCUGUCCUUCCUGCUUCUUCCUGCUGCCUUCUUCCUGUCCUUCCUGGUUCUUCCAUCCUGCUUCUUCCUUCCUGUCCUUCCUGUCCUUCCUGCUUCCUGCCCUUCAUCCUUCAUAUCCUUCCUGUUUCCUGGUCUUCCUGCUUCUUCCUGCAUCCUUCCUGCUUCCUGCUUCCUCCUGCUUCCUGCUUCUUCCAUCCUGCUUCCUGCGCCACACGCACAGCCGCCUCUGGGUCGGCGUGACGCGCGACGUGGCCUACGUGCGGCGCGUGCUCAACGAGCUCUACCUGCUCAAGAUGAAGGUGCGCCUGCUGCUGCCUGCUUCCUGCUUCCUGCUUCCUUCCUGCUUCUUACUGCUUCUUGCUUCCUGUCCUUCCUGCUUCUUCCUGUCCUUCCUGCUUCUUCCUGCUGCCUUCUUCCUGUCCUUCCUGGUUCUUCCAUCCUGCUUCUUCCUUCCUGUCCUUCCUGUCCUUCCUGCUUCCUGCCCUUCAUCCUUCAUGUCCUUCCUGUUUCCUGGUCUUCCUGCUUCUUCCUGCAUCCUUCCUGCUUCCUGCUUCCUCCUGCUUCCUGCUUCUUCCAUCCUGCUUCCUGCGCCACACGCACAGCCGCCUCUGGGUCGGCGUGACGCGCGACGUGGCCUACGUGCGGCGCGUGCUCAACGAGCUCUACCUGCUCAAGAUGAAGGUGCGCCUGCUGCUGCCUGCUUCCUGCUUCCUGCUUCCUUCCUGCUUCUUCCUGCUUCUUGCUUCCUGUCCUUCCUGCUUCUUCCUGUCCUUCCUGCUUCUUCCUGCUGCCUUCUUCCUGUCCUUCCUGGUUCUUCCAUCCUGCUUCUUCCUUCCUGUCCUUCCUGUCCUUCCUGCUUCCUGCCCUUCAUCCUUCAUGUCCUUCCUGUUUCCUGGUCUUCCUGCUUCUUCCUGCAUCCUUCCUGCUUCCUGCUUCCUCCUGCUUCCUGCUUCUUCCAUCCUGCUUCCUGCGCCACACGCACAGCCGCCUCUGGGUCGGCGUGACGCGCGACGUGGCCUACGUGCGGCGCGUGCUCAACGAGCUCUACCUGCUCAAGAUGAAGGUGCGCCUGCUGCUGCCUGCUUCCUGCUUCCUGCUUCCUUCCUGCUUCUUCCUGCUUCUUGCUUCCUGUCCUUCCUGCUUCUUCCUGUCCUUCCUGCUUCUUCCUGCUGCCUUCUUCCUGUCCUUCCUGGUUCUUCCAUCCUGCUUCUUCCUUCCUGUCCUUCCUGUCCUUCCUGCUUCCUGCCCUUCAUCCUUCAUGUCCUUCCUGUUUCCUGGUCUUCCUGCUUCUUCCUGCAUCCUUCCUGCUUCCUGCUUCCUCCUGCUUCCUGCUUCUUCCAUCCUGCUUCCUGCGCCACACGCACAGCCGCCUCUGGGUCGGCGUGACGCGCGACGUGGCCUACGUGCGGCGCGUGCUCAACGAGCUCUACCUGCUCAAGAUGAAGGUGCGCCUGCUGCUGCCUGCUUCCUGCUUCCUGCUUCCUUCCUGCUUCUUCCUGCUUCUUGCUUCCUGUCCUUCCUGCUUCUUCCUGUCCUUCCUGCUUCUUCCUGCUGCCUUCUUCCUGUCCUUCCUGGUUCUUCCAUCCUGCUUCUUCCUUCCUGUCCUUCCUGUCCUUCCUGCUUCCUGCCCUUCAUCCUUCAUAUCCUUCCUGUUUCCUGGUCUUCCUGCUUCUUCCUGCAUCCUUCCUGCUUCCUGCUUCCUCCUGCUUCCAGAUCUUCUUCCAUCCUGCUUCCUGCGCCACACGCACAGCCGCCUCUGGGUCGGCGUGACGCGCGACGUGGCCUACGUGCGGCGCGUGCUCAACGAGCUCUACCUGCUCAAGAUGAAGGUGCGCCUGCUGCUGCCUGCUUCCUGCUUCCUGCUUCCUUCCUGCUUCUUCCUGCUUCUUGCUUCCUGUCCUUCCUGCUUCUUCCUGUCCUUCCUGCUUCUU